AUGGGGUUCUACCUGGCUGAUGCGGGCUUUGACGUGUGGGUCGCGAACUCGCGCUGCAACUCGUACAGCGCGGGCAACCGCGAGUACCGCAGCACCGACGCGGGCUACUGGCAGAGCUCCCUGGACGAGCUCGCGCUGCUGGACCUGCCGGCCACGAUUGACGCGGUGCUGCGCAUGACGGGCGCGCCGCAGCUGUCGGUCGUCGGGCACUCGCAGGGCGCGGCGCUGCCGGCGAUGCUGCUGGCGGCGCGGCCGGAGUAUAACAAGAAGGUUGGCUUGGUUGUGAUGCUGGCGCCCGUCAUGUUUGCCGAAGAGCUCAAGACGAAAUUCCUCACGAGCCAAGCGCGCAAAGGCGGCGCAUCGCUCCUGGCCGACGCCGGCAUCGGCCACUUCCUUCCUAGCACCAUGAUGGCCCACCUCCUGCAGGGCUGCAUGCGCUCCCACCAGUCCAAGGCGUGGUGCUUCAACCUCGUAAACUUCUUCCUGUUCGGCCCCUCGAGCCGCGUCGCGGACGACGACUUUGCGCGGCUCGCGGCAGCAUGGCCGUCAGGCAUGCCGCUGCGCGUCAUCAUGCACUGGUCGCAGAUGCACCGCUCGGGCCGGGGGCUGGAGAUGUUUGACUACGGGUCUGUCUGCGACGGCCCCAGCGUGCACGGGCCCUACCAAGAGACCUGCAACCAGGCGAAGUAUGGGCAGGAGGUGCCACCCCUGUAUGACAUCAGCCGGGUCACCACCAAGGCGGCGGUCAUGUAUGGCGCCGACGACCUUUUGGGGACUGAGGCCAACGUUGCCAAGCUGCUGGCCAACUGGAGGGCCGACGUGGUUUUCACAAGGAAGUACCUCAACACAGCGUGA